UCAAAAUGGCUGAUUGUCAAAGUUCUCCUGUACGGAUCAUGGCUUGGAUCAUGCCACGAACAAUCUCAACGGCUUUAUGCAAAUGCUUGAGUAGCGUAGAUGGGAUGGAAAUUUGGUUCGAACUUUUUUCGUAUGCCAGUUUUGUGAGGAAAGAGUACGAGCAACAGACGGGCAAUAAAUUGCCCAUGGUAUACGAGGGCAACGAGAAGACGGUACGGGACGCUGCUAAACGAUUUGAAAGUCUUGUUGGCACCAACAUACUUCCCGAAAAAGUAGUAUACCAUAACGUGCAGAAAGAACUUGAGGCAUCUACCAGUAAGUAUAUCUUUGUCAAGGAAGGGUACAUGGCUUUUCCAGAUAAGAAAUCCCGACAGUACCUGCCAAAAGGAUUCAAGCAUGUCUUUCUUAUCCGGGAGCCUCAUAAACUGUUCACAUCCUACAGGAAAGCGAUGUAUCAGCACCUGACGAAUGUGGGGAUCCGCUCAGGGGAUGCCGCCGACGAAGAGGCCUUCGACAUCGGUCACGAUGACCCUGUCAUGAACGCGAACGAAUUCUACAGCGGAAUCACAGAUCUUUGGCUUUACGUCCGAGACAACUUGGAUCCCAACCCAAUCGUCAUCAACACAGAUGAUCUGUUGGCCGACCCCGCUGGCGUGCUUGAGAAGUUCUGCAAUCUUACCGGUCUUCCUUACAGCGAUUCACUUCUUCAUUGGGACGCUUCUCCAGACGUGAUCAAGAACUGGAUAAGGGUUAGCGACAAUAUCAUCAAGUUGGCCAAUGCGUUUUUUGAAACAGCAGUGCUCUCCAGUAGCUUUCUUCCACCAAAACCGGCAAUUCCAAUAGACAAACUUUCACCAGAUGUCAGAAAACUGGCAAAGGUCUCCAUGCCACAUUUUGAGAAAAUAAAUCAGUUUAAAAUAUAAAAGAGGAAAUAAUACUAUCGUUUAUAACGGUGAACAAUGAAAAAAAAGUUGACUUAAAAUAAUAAUAAUACACAGUUUUCAAAUACAACAUAGCAAGAGUAUAUUUUUUGUAUUAAUUUCACAGAGGCU